CGGAGGAUCCACCGCAGGAACCCGCCGGCGGCCCAGCUCGAGCGGGAGCUCGACUGGGACGGCCCCGUGAUCCUGAGCCCGCUGGCCUUCGUGGUCGUCGACCUGGCGACGCCGUGGCUGCGCGCGGACCGCGUCGCGGCCUUCGACGGCCGCUGCGUCUUCGCGCUCUUCGCGGCGCACUACCUCGCCGUCGAGCCCGUCUACUACGCCUUCCACGUCUGGCUCCACCGGGAGUGGGCCUACAAGAGGAGCCACGGCCACCACCACAGCUCCGUGACGACCGAGGCCGUGUCGGGCACGUCGCACCCGCUGGCGGAGUCCGUCGCGUACCUCGCGAACUUCAGCCUCGCCUUCCUCGUGCCCGCCUGGUGCGGCCGCUUCAGCCCGCUCCAGAUCCCGCUCUACUUCGCCUGGUUCGACGCCAUGAACUGCGCGGGCCACUGCAACUUCGAGUGCUUCCCGCGCUGGUGCCAGGCCGGCGUCUUGAAGUACUACGUCUACACGUCGUCCUAC